AUGUCUAACAAUAACAACUCACCAUUAGCCUACUCCGGUGCUAACGGUUUUUCUUACAGUCAUCACCCAUAUGGUGCUAGAUUGUCUAGACCACAAGGUCCAAUUUUGUUGCAAGAUACCAACUUGAUUGAAUCCAUCAGUCACUUUGACAGAGAAAGAAUUCCAGAAAGAGUUGUCCACGCUAAGGGUGGUGGUGCUAGAUUCGAAUUCGAAUUGACCGAUUCUUUGAGUGACAUUACUUUUGCCGCUCCAUACCAAACUGUUGGUUACAAAUGUCCAGGUAUGAUCCGUGUUUCUACCGUUGGUGGUGAAUCCGGUACUCCAGAUACCGCCAGAGAUCCAAGAGGUUUCUCUUUCAAGUUCUACACUGAAUGGGGUAACCACGAUUGGGUUUUCAACAACACUCCAAUCUUCUUCAUCAGAGAUGGUAACAAGUUCCCACAUUUCAUUCACACCCAAAAGCGUAACCCACAAACUCACUUGAACAACGGUGAAGACUCUAACAUGUUCUGGGAUUACUUAGUUCAAAACCCAGAAUCUAUCCAUCAAAUCACUUAUAUGUUCGGUCCAAGAGGUACUCCAGCUUCCUGGGCUAGUAUGAACGCUUACUCUGGUCACACCUUCAAGAUGAUUAACGAACAAGGUGACUUGACUUAUGUUCAAUUCCAUGUCUUAUCUGACACUGGUUUCGAAACUUUGACCUCUGUUGAAGCUUCUAAAUUAAGUGGUGAAAAACCAGAUUACAACUUUGACAAGUUAUUCAAGCAAUUGAAGAAUGGUGAAAAACUAACCUACUCUUGUUAUGUUCAAACCAUGACUCCAAAACAAGCUGAAGAAUUUAGAUACUCCGUUAACGAUUUGACUAAGGUUUGGCCACAUGCUCAAUUCCCAUUGAGAAAAUUCGGUAAGAUUACUUUGACUGAAAACAUUGACAACUACUUCGCUGAAAUUGAACAAAUUGCUUUCUCUCCAUCUAACACUUGUAUCCCAGGUAUCGAACCAUCUAACGAUAACGUUUUACAAACAAGAUUGUACUCAUACCCAGAUACUCAACGUCACAGAUUAGGUGCUAACUUCACCCAAUUACCAAUCAAUAGACCAAGAAACUUGAAUUUGAACAAUGAAUCUCCAAAUGCUCCAUUCUACGAUGCUCCAAUGAAGUGUCCAUAUGCUGCUACCAACUUCCAAAGAGAUGGUCCAAUGCAAAUGUACAACCAAGGUUCCUUGCCAAACUACAUUUCCAAUCAAGCUAAUGCUAAGAUUCAAUUCAAGGAUUUGACUACUUCUCAAUUGUACGCUAACAAGUUCAAGGGUUUGGUUUUGGAUGUUGAUGAACAAACUUACAUUCAACAACAAGAAGCUGAAAGAACCAGACACGAAAAUGCCAUUGACGCUAAACUAAAUGAUUACUAUACUAUUAACGGUAUCUCUCCAUUAGAUUUCGAACAACCAAGAGCUUUGUACGAAAAGGUCUUUGAUGAUUCUUCCAGAAGAGCUUUCAUCGAAAACGUUGUUGCUCAUGCUUCCAACGCUGGUAACGAUGAAUUGAAAUUGAGAGUUGCUCAAUACUUUGGUUUGUUGAACCAAGACUUGGGUGCCAAGCUAGCUUUGGGUUUGGGUGUCCAAUGGGUCCCAGUUGAUUUGGAAGGUUACGCUAAUGCCAUCGGUAUUUCUUCUCCAUUCUAA